ACGUCGCUGCGUUUUAAGAAACUAGCUUUGUCGGGCUUAUGUUGUUCUAAAAGCCCAUUUCUUAUAGCUAAAUCAAAAACCCCCAGAAAACCCUACAAACGCCGGAGAAAACCUUAGAAGUCCUUCCACAGAGAAUCAAAACCAGAAAAAUGGUAUUAGGGCUCAGACAAUUCACUGAGAGAAGAGGAGACGGUACAGGAGAGCCGGUUCUCGACACCGAGAAUGGUGAGGAACUGAUGCACGUCCAGCCCGGCGUCGCCGUCGUCAUAGGAAAUCGUUCCGCAGAAUCAUCGGGAACUCUCUUUAUCUCCACCAAGAAAGUGAUAUGGUUGAGCGAUGUGGAUAGAGCAAAAGGGUAUGCGGUUGGUUUCUUGUCUAUUUCGCUUCAUGCAGUAUCAAGGGAUCCGGAAGCUUAUCCCUCCCCUUGCAUUUAUACUCAGAUUGAGACAGAAGCUGAUGAAGAUGAAUCAGACAGUUCAGAUUCGGAAAGUAAUGAGAUAUUUGACUUAGCCAAAGUCACAGAGAUGAGAUUUGUUCCUUCAGAUCCUACCCAAUUGGAUACUCUGUUUCAGAUAUUCUGUCAAUGUGCUGAGCUAAAUCCCGAACCUCUUAAUGAGGAUGAUGAAGGAGGGAAUAAUUGGGUUUUUAGUGCUGAUCAAAUGGCAGGUGAUGAUGCAGAGGAUGAUGAUCCGGAAUGGCAUUUCUCUCAAAAUCCAACUAGUUCGAUUGGUCAUUCAAAUGGGGAUCAUGAUGUAGCUCGUAGAGUGCUUGAGCUUCAAAUCAAUGAUCAGCGGUUUGAAGAUCCGGACGAGAUGGAUCAGGAGGAUCGCAGCAGUCACUAAUGAACCUCCUUUGUCGUGGUUUCAAAAUAGUUAUUUCAACUGCUCUGUGUUUUCUUUCUAUUCACCAUGUGUAAAUUUGUAAUCUUUGACUUGUUUAAGAUAUAACAUUUUAUCAAUUUUGUGUGUAUCAAAAUCCUGAUACAGAAUUAAACAAGUAAUUGCAGUAA